UUUACCAAGUCCGUCAUGUGACAUCUUCCUGCUUUGCAAGCAUUUGAAACGGCCUUUCCUUAAACGGGCUUCCUCAUUUUUUUUUCCCCUUUCUUUACUUUUUCUGGCCAACUUCAAGAACUGAGAAACAAAGUUAUUUAAUGUGCGGUUAACACUGGAAACAAUCUACUGUAAAAAGAUGGGCCUUCUUGUGUGCUGGUCUGAGAGCUCCUGGAUUUGUUACAUUAUGGCGACAAUCAGCUUCUUACUGACGUUCGGAUUUGUCUCAGGUGCCUUGGAGGAGGCUCCUUGUUCUAAGAAUCCUUCCCUGUUCAUUACCACACCAAGAAAGCUGGAAGCUUUGGGGGGAUCAUGUCUCCAAAUCCCAUGCACAUUCAAUCAAUCAAAAAAGCUUGAUUUUAAACAAAAUAUCUUUGGGAUAUGGAUCAAAAAGGAUUCUCGGUUUGAACAGAACACAGAAAAUGUGAUUUUCAACAGCAGUGGAUCGAUAAAAAAGUAUUCGCUGGAAAUUACGGGAAACCUGAAGAUGAAAAACUGCACAACCCUGUUUGACAAUUUAACUACACAACACACAGAAAAGUACUUCUUCAGAAUUGAGAAUGGACAGUUCAAGGCAACAGCUUCCUGCAGUGCACUUCAAGUUACAGUUACAGAUUCUCCUUGGCGUCCCAGCAUUAACAUCCCUGCUGAUCUGAAGGAGCAUCAGUCUGUCACUAUCAGCUGCUCAGCUUUGACUCCCUGUCCACACUCACCUCCUGAACUCACCUGGAAUCUCCAACAAGACUCUCACAGACAAACAGAGAAAAACACAGAGGGUACCUUUACAACUAAAACCCAGGAGACCAUCACUCUGUCAGACACACAUGAUGGAUACAACAUCAGAUGUUCUGCCACAUAUCCUGUGAAUGGAGGAAACAAGACAGCAGAGACAGAAGUGACUCUCAGUGUUUCAUAUGCUCCUAGAGACACCUCAGCAUCUAUCAGUCCAUCAGGUUUGGUGUCAGCAGGUAGCUGGGUGGAGCUGAACUGCUCCAGCAGAGCCAAGCCUCCUGCCAGCUUCACCUGGUUCAAGAACAGCAAACAUGGAGCCAUUAAUGUAUCUGUGGGGCAGGUUUACAGUCUACAGAUGACCAACCUGGCAGAUAUUGAAAGUCAUUACUGUGUGGCAACAAAUCUUCUUGGUAGUGAGAAAUCCACAUGGAGUCAUUUAAAAAGUCAAGGAAUGGAUGCAGUGACAUUAUGGGGAGCUGUUGUUGGGGGGUUUCUAGGGAUCAGCGUUGUGAUCUGUGUGGUCUUCAUCCUUUG